GGACAAUGCUUGUGUUUGUGCAACGGCCCCUGAGUGGCUAGGCGACUGACUCUGUUGGAUCUCUUGACUAUAGCUUCACACACAGACAGCAUGCUUAGGGGGAAGUGGACAGCUUGAUCCAACCAGUCAAUGCACUGACAGAGCAAGCUCCAGGGUGAUUAAUUUUUACCAAAGAAGGGCUGUUCUCACAGAAGAGUGUAAAGUUUGGCACACUGUGCCAGGAGGCUGGCCGAGUGGGCCCUUAAAGAUUUGUGUUGAAACCUUUGCAGCUUAGGGAAAAGAAUUGGAGAAAAUCAGUUAAAGUGUGGCCAAGAUGGCAGAGCAGAAAGUCAGCCUCCCUGCUAAGCUGAUUAACGGGGGUGUGGCUGGACUAGUGGGCGUGACCUGCGUCUUUCCCAUUGAUCUCGCCAAGACCCGCCUCCAGAAUCAGCAGGGUUCCCGUGUUUACAGUGGAAUGCUUGAUUGUUUGGCAAAGACAAUCAAAAUGGAGGGCUACUUUGGGAUGUAUCGAGGUGCUGCCGUGAAUCUUACACUCGUCACUCCAGAGAAAGCAAUCAAACUGGCUGCCAAUGAUGUCUUCAGACAGAAACUUUCCAGAGAUGGAAAAUUAGCUCUGUGGGGAGAAAUCCUUGCGGGCUGUGGGGCUGGAACCUGUCAGGUGGUAGUCACCACCCCCAUGGAAAUGCUAAAAAUACAACUUCAGGAUGCUGGCAGGUUGGCUGCUCAGCAGACUGUCACUGCCUCUGCCCCUGCCACUGGUCCGACCCCCUCACUAGUUGCCUCUCAGCCAGCACAACCAGGCACCAAUUCCCCCCCACGACCAUCAGCGACCCGUAUCACUCUGGAGCUUCUUAAAUCCCGAGGCCUCAGAGGUCUUUAUAAGGGGGCGGGAGCUACACUGAUGAGGGACGUUCCCUUCUCCAUGAUCUACUUCCCACUGUUUGCCAACCUUAAUGCGGUGGGCCGCACUGAGGAUCGCCAUAGCAACCCCCAAAAGCAGGCCCCCUUCCUGCAGUCUUUCGUGGCUGGCUGCAUGGCCGGCUCAGUGGCUGCAGUAGCUGUCACUCCCCUGGAUGUCAUAAAGACCCGUCUACAGACCUUACAGAAGGGAGAGGGAGAGGACUCUUAUAGAGGCAUUAUUGACUGCACACAACGCAUUUUAAAACGAGAGGGACCAGCCGCGUUUCUCAAAGGAGCGAUGUGUCGAGCAUUGGUCAUCGCUCCACUCUUCGGCAUCGCCCAGGCCGUAUACUUCUUGGGUAUUGGUGAGCAUGUGCUUGGGUUGCUGGGAUAGCAGCAGGUGAUGUCACCUCAUUCAUCAAAACACAAUAUACUGUUUCUACAAAACUUACAAAAGGUGAGGGAGAAAGAUGAGAGGAAAGGAAGGGAAAAUAAGACAAAAGAUGUGGAAAGUAAAAAGAAAAGAAGGUCCCAGGUUUCAUUUGAGAUGUGAAUAAAAGGUAAAAAUGCAGUGAAAUGAAUAUACUCAACCAAUGGAGGUUCAAACAUUUUGGGAGAAACAAGGAGGGUUGUUUAAUACUAACAUACAGCAAGACCUGAUAUUGUACACUAACCAUGUUUAAGUAUCUAAAAGCUGUAAACAGGGUUCUUUAGGUAAGACAGGGUCUUGUUAUGACCAAUCUGGAAGGGUUUUUUGUCUACAGAGUUGAAUUAUAGUAUUUUGUAAUGGUUCUGGACUUUUAUUUGUUUUUGAAAUGUGUAUUUUUUUUCGAUGAUAAUGCCAGUUUAAUAUGCAGACUACUUUAAGUAAGCCAUUUGUAGGUUGAUUGCAUUAAACAUGUCAACACUGCAGCUCUGAGCAUCUUGACCAGCCAGACACAGCAACAUUGGCUCAACCAAUGGCGUGAGUUUGGGGCGGAGCUACCAGUUCUGUCCGACCAAUGGCAGAAUGGGGAGGGUUCUAUUUGAAAAACAUCAUUAUUCUAGCUAGAGAGCAACAGUCUUGUUCCAGAAGUAAAAGUACCAGUCAUUUUUCUCCAUAGGGAAAAUAUUAUUUAUUAUUAAAAAUAAAUGAUAAACCUUUACUAAUGAACUAAAACCGUGACCAAUGAGGUUGGUAAUCAAUGGUAUAUGCUUGCUGCUGACGCUAUCUGUCUGUAUUAUUUCAACAACAACAAAAAACCUUCUUAAAUUCCAAGCUUAAUUCCAGGUGAAGAAGUACACAACCCAUGACCCUGAAAAUCCACCAUUUGGAAAGUCACAGCAAACAAACCGAGGCACAAGAGCUAUGCUGUGGCAGCCCACUGCAUGAUGCAGUGUGGAUGACGCAACCAUCUCCCUACACUAUAUAUUUGUAUAUUAACAUUAAAUCAAUGUCUUUAUAGAUUUCCUUAAUUUUUAAUUCGAUAAUAUAAUUCACGAUGCCUCAUGGGAUUGCAUUUCAUUACCUCAUAAAAGACAUUAAAGCUAUGUCAGCUUGAACAUAGCCUAACAGUUGCUGGGUUUCCAUCCAAAAUGUUUCACAUUUUUUUAAGCACAUUUCUAAAAAUUAGACUUAAGAAAAUCUGAAUUGUUGCACGUUUCCAUCCACUACGUAAUGCGUAUUAUCACUAAGGAGCUGCCUCGUCAUGAUGGAGCAGCUGAUCUCCCUGCUUUGGGGACAGUUUUAUUUGCAAGAUUGGAGCAAGUAUCUCAAUUUAUUAAAUGCAUCCAAAAGACCGCAGAAUUAUUGUAAUAUCUGAUGUAAUGUGGGCUGAAAUAGCUGCGAUGCCCACACACCUCCAGUCUCCACACACCUGGGAGAGCCCACUCUCAAAACUGUUCUGGCGGAUUGUGAGGACCAACUUUAUCGACCAGCUAUGGGUUUAAACACUUCAGUAUAAAGAGCGCUAUGUUCAAAUAAUUAAUUGAGUGCCAAGGUCGGACUUUUCGGUGGGCUAGUCACAUCAAGCUAUCGCACACUCAUAACACAUGCACGAAUGGUCAAAUCACGUCAUCUUUUUGCAAAUAAGCCGUUUCCAUCACCCUAAUGUGCAUUUUAACUAAUGCGAAACUCUAGAAAAUCCACCUCCUCCUAGCGCAUUCAAGUUAAUGUGCAUUUAGAAAGUGUAUUCGCAUAUCAAGCAUUUCCAGUCAGGAUUUCUUAAGAACAAUUUCAAAAUGCUCAUAAAAAUUGUUGGAUGGAAACCCACUUAAGUGUCUACACCGGACAUGAGUGUUGCGUCACGUCAAAAGUAAUAGAAUCCCAUCAUAAUCAAUGAUGCUGUCUACAUUGGAAGUGUCCUUUGCGGGCUUGCGACCCAUCCGUCGUGGUGACAAUAAACGGGUGUCCCGUUCCAUCUUGCGCUCUAAGCGCUGGCGCUGCUACACAAAUUAAAUGGUGUAGAACGUUUGUGUCGACAUGUCCAGUGUAGGUGGAGGAUUUAAUGAAAUAUCUAAGGAUAAAAUGGAUGGAAUAUGAAAAAGUGGGCGGGUACUGUUGUGCUUAAUUCUGUUUGGUUAUGCUGGAAGCACAGAAAUUAAAUGCUUUAAAUGCUUGGAUUUAAAAUCCAGAUUACAAUACAUUUUAAACCAAGACGAUUCAUGAUUAAAAUAGUGAUACAUUUAGUUAUCAAGGUUAAGGUGUAUGUAGAUGGCAGAAAGGAGAUUAUAAUCAAUGUGCAGAUGGAUCUGAACCUUUAAGGUUAUGGAUGAAUCACAUCCAUAAAAAAAAAAAAAAAAAAAGAUAA